AUGACAGAACUGCAGGUGCUAUCUCAUAUUGCAGUUUCUGGCAAAGGCGAUGAACUAAUUGAUGUUCGCAACCUACUCCAGUUGGUUAAGUUGGGUGUGGUUCUCUCUGGGAGCAAGAGAUCAGUCUUCUGGCAUUUGUACCAUGCAAUUGGAAAGCUUAGGAAAUGUCUUCGCUCACUGUCAAUCCGUGUCACAGAACUGACAAGCAACGAAGAGGAUGACAACAUGAACAUUGAAGAAGCACCCCUCAUACAUCCCAAGUAUCUUCAGAAGCUAAAAAUCAGUGGCCUGAAAUAUGGAUUGCCCUCAUGGAUUAAAAAGCUCGACGUACUUACCAAAAUAACCCUCCAUAUGACUUUCAUAACGGAUGAUGACUUCAAAUUCCUCGGAGAGCUUAAAAGCUUGUCCUGCCUUAGGCUCCAACGAGAGUCAUGCAAUGAAAACACACUCACCUUCAAAAAAGAUGCAUUUCAAAGUCUCAAGUUCCUGGAUAUUGAGUGCUCAGCCAUUACCAGUAUCAAAUUUGUCAAAGAGGCAUCUCCUAUGCUGAAGAAGUUAGUUUGGUCUUCUACUCGUGAACAGUCUCUUUCUGGGAUUGAGGACCUUCCAAGUUUCCGAGAGCUCAAGUUGACAGGCAUCUUUGACUUGCAAAGUGUGGAACAAGCAAUGGCAGCAAACAAGAACAAGCCUAUCUUGGUAGCAAACCCAAUAAAUGCUUAG